AUGCGGGGAGUUGGAGGAGCAGGAAGAAGAAAAAGAUCCAAACGUAAGGGAAAGCCUGUGGGUUUGGCUGAAAAUCUGAUGGGAGAGAAACACGUUCUAUAUUUGCCAACACGCGAAUCUAUAGAGCGUUUUCCCGAGCUUCAACUAGAGCUUACCAAUGUUCGCUUAAUGGAUGCUCGCAGGGUAGAGCUUGGUUUUCAUAGGCUUUUGUGUACUUUUGGCACGGGACCAAACGUAGAAUGUGUCAUUCGAAGAGCUCCGAAUAAAGGGCCAUGGAUCUUGUACAGGUCGAAUAAUAGGGCAGAUGAGCUCACUAUUCUGGACUAUAAGGAAACAAAGUUGUAUUAUCUACAGUAUAUGCCACAAGAAUUGCUUACACAAGAGAAGGAGUUAUCUCUACAGUACAUAACCGAUUGGCUUAGGUACGCCAUCCCGCGUUUUAGAUUGAAUGGGAUGUGCAUGCGACCGUAUGCGACGCAGUCGAUAGCGUCACUAUCCACAUAA